AUGGCGCCCGCACUUGACUCGGCCGUGGAGCCACCGACAGAAUACAAAGAAAUGCCAUUUUCCAGAGCUCAAGAAGAUCUGCCACAGUACCAAGGCGCUGGCUGUAUGACGCCUGAGAAAGAAAUCCAUACCGAAUACUUUUCCCCCCGGGGAAGCCACAGCACUCAUAGAUCUCACGACUCCAUCGCCUCCUCCAGUCUUAGCCUUGACGACUCCCAGAUGUCGGAGUCGGACACUCCGUCGAAUGGGUUCUAUGAUGACCCAGGCACGAUUGACGAGAAGCUGUCAAUGUACUGGAAAGCGGCGAAUGAAACGGUGAUCAGAGAGCCGUACGACUACAUCGCCGGGAUCCCAGGCAAAGAGAUCCGUCGGAAGAUCUUGGACGCAUUCAACCACUGGUACAAAGUCGAUGAGCAAUCGUGCCAGGCUAUUGCGGCCACAGUGGGCAUGGCACAUAAUGCGUCACUGCUCAUCGACGAUAUCCAAGAUAGCUCCAAGCUGCGAAGAGGUGUACCGUGCGCGCACGAGGUGUACGGCAUUGCCCAGACGAUCAAUUCCGCCAACUAUGUCUACUUCCUGGCCCAGGACCAGUUGUUUCGACUCCGGAACUGGCCCCAGGCGAUUGCCGUGUUCAAUGAAGAAAUGGUCAAUCUGCACCGCGGUCAAGGCAUGGAGCUGUUCUGGCGGGAUAACUUGCUGCCUCCGUCCACGGAUGACUAUCUUCAGAUGAUCGCUAACAAGACAGGUGGACUGUUCCGGAUGGCCGUGCGUCUGCUCCAGACAUGCAGUAAACAUGCUGUAGAUGUUGAGCAAUUGGUGGAUGUGCUUGGUCUCUACUUCCAGAUACUGGACGAUUAUAAGAAUGUCAAAGAAGAAAAGAUGGCCGCCCAAAAAGGGUUCUUCGAAGACCUGACGGAGGGCAAAUUCUCGUUCCCCAUCUGCCAUGCGAUCAGGGGAGGGAAUAGAAACAGGGACAUCUUGCUUGAUAUGAUGAGGCUCAAGACCGACGACAUGGGGGUCAAGCUAGAAGCAGUCCGCAUCCUGGAGGCAGCAGGUAGUCUUGAUUACACGCGAGAAGUACUCUACGGGCUGGACCGAAAGGCUCGCAGUCUUCUUCGGGAGUUCAGAACUUCGAAUCCUUCGAUGGAAGCUCUUUUGGACGCAAUGUUGAGCAGCCUUCAGGCCUGCCAUUAA